AGCACCUUCGCUUCUCGUUCUCGUUCCCGUGCUCCCGCUGGCGUGCCGGCGUACUUGCAUGCCGCCCUCACGGAUGCGAAGUAUCUGAAACUCGUAUUGUCGGAUCUUUCUGAACGGGAGAAACAGAGGGGGAAAUGGAUGAGACGGAGACUGAAGGAUUUUCCUCCUACCUCUGCUGAAGGAACACCCAAAGAUCCGCAGGAAUACUAUUCCAUCCGCCUGGGGAUGUACGCUCAAGCCCAGGGGAAGAACCGCUACACCGGCGGAAUAGUACCCUACGACCACAACCUCGUUCUCCCUCCUCCAUCAAUAACAGGAGGGAGUGAAUAUGUAAACGCCUCGUGGGUGAGAGAGCUUCAUGGAGGGAAAUGGUGGAUCGCUGCCCAGGCCCCCGUGCCGAGCACAGUUCACCCUUUUUUGAGCUUGUGUUGCGCUCCUGUGGCUUCGCCGUCGCUUGGAGCAGGCCAACCGAAGCGGAGAAGAGUACAAGCGAUCGUAGUGCUCACGAGGGAUGUGGAACUCCGGAUCCGCAAGGCCGAUCCAUACAUUCCCCCCUCGGUGGGAGAGAGCGUCGUCCACCCCCCACCUGAGUCCAACCCUCAAGGUCAGCCUAUCAAGGUCACACUCCUCUCGCGCGAAAACUUGCCGGGGCAGGUAGUCCUCAGCAAGCUGGAGGUUAAUGGCCUUCCGGUGGAACAUUGGUGUUACGAAGGAUGGCCGGAUCAUGGGGUUCCUCUAACCGGAGGUCCCCUACUCGGGAUGAUAGAAGAAGUCGACGACUCCCUCUCGAGUGAAGGCACAGCACAGGACGGAGAAGAACUUGAAGGCAAACUUGCGAUCGUGCAUUGUUCAGCUGGCAUAGGCAGGACAGGAACAUGGAUUGCUCUAUGUAGCCUGCUCCGAACCUACUCCCUUCUGCGUCCUGUUCCCGCCCCGACCCCAAACGGCCCCUUCGGCCCCUCCCCGCUCGGGACGUUCCCCCCUCUCGUGGUACCACCCUCUGAGCCGGCGCAAGAUCUGGUAGCAUGGGAAGUGGACAGCCUGAGGGAUCAGAGGACCGGUAUGGUACAACGGGACGAACAAGUGCUGUGGGUAUAUCAAACUCUU